UGCUCUAAGCCCUGUCCAACUGGCCUUGAACACUGCCAGGCAUGGGACAGCCACAGCUCCUCCGAGUUCCCCUUCACCCUCCAGAAACCAAGAUUCCUGAUGCUUCCACACUCACAUCCUGCCCAUCCCUUCGCUGUUUUUUUUAAUGUUGAAGUUUUCCAAGUGACUUUUCCCUUUACUUCCUCGGGGGCAACAAGACAGACACAGAACUCUCUGGAGAAAGGGGCAGGGAUAGGGAGGAUUGACAACUUGGAAGGGAGGAGGUUAGGGAAGGGCUUGGGAAAAUUGGCAACUGGGAAAGGGAGGGGAUUAGAGAGGAGAACAGGGGGCAAAGAUGGAUUCAAAGCAAAACACACCACAACAGGAAUUGAUGAGUAGCCUGACCCCUGGGUCUGUUCCCUGGACCUGAGCUGCACCAGGGUUGAUCCUGUGUUUGAAUUCCCUGUUUACUGCUGCUUAAGUUCAGGGCAACUGCAGACUUUUGCUUCCCAGGAUUGAUGUUGUAAGUGCUAUCAGUAGGACAACAAGCUGCCCUGUAAAAGUAGAGAAAGCAGAUGAAGUAGAAAGUAGUUCCAUUUGUUCAUCAAAAAAGUCUAUGGCCUUCAGGAGCCAUCUGCAGGCCCAGUUCCCCUUUGUGGUGGCUAUAAGGACACAACAGUUUCACUCUCUGAAGUUUCUUAGGAUUUUUCAGUGCACGAGAGCAGCAUUUGUACAAAUUUAACCUUUAGUGCUUGCCAAAUAUCCAAAUUACAAGCAGUGACAGCUUGUCAGCUCCACCAGAAACACCAACUUUAGAAGAGUAAAUAAUGAUGAAAAUAUAAUCACAGAAUCACAGAAUAUGCUGAGUUGGAAGGGACAUGCAAAGAUCAUCAAGUCCAACUCCCUGCCCUGCACAGAGCCAUCCCCAAGAGUCACGUCAUGUGCCCCAGAGCAUUGUCCGAAUGGUCCUGGAGCUCAUGUCAGGUUUGGUGCUGGGAUCAUUUCCUGUUGCAGUGCCUGACCACUGUCUGGGGGAAGAACCUUUUUCUAAUACCCAGCUUCAACCUCCCCAACAUGACUUCAGCCCAUCCCCUUGGGUCCUGCCACUGUCACCACAGAGGAGAGAUCAGUGUCUGCCCCUCCUCUUCCCCUCUCAAGGAAGGUGUGCAAUGAGGUCUCUCUUCAGUCUCCUGCAGGCUGAACAGACCAAGUGCCUUCAGCUGCUCCUCAAAUGGCUUCCCCUCAAGCCCUUCACCAUCUUCAUUGCUCUCCUUUGGAUCCUUCUGACCCUGUGGUGCCCAAAGUGCCCCCAGCACUGGAGCUGAGGCUGCCCCAGGGCAGAGCAGAGUGGGACAAUCCCUCCCUGGCCUGCUGCCCCCAGGACAGGGCGGCCCUUUGGGCUGCCAGGACCCAGCGGUGACUCAGAUCCAACUUGCCACUGACCAGGACCCCCAGGUCCCUUCCCACGGUGCUGCUCUCCAGCCUCUCAUUCCCAGUUUAUCCCUGCAUCCAGGGCUGCUCUGUCCCAGGUACAGGGUCCAGCCGUUUCCCCUGUUGAACUUCAUGUGGUUGGUGAUGAUGUAGCCCUCUGAUCUGAGGUCUCUCUGCAGUGUCUCCCUGCCUUUGAGGGAGACAGCAGCUCUUCCCAGUUUCGUAUUGUCUGUGAACAUGCUCAGUGUCCAUUCCAGUCCUGUGUCCAAGGCAUUUAUGAAGCUGUUGAAGAGCCCAGGGCUGAGGAUGGACCCUGCAGAACCUCACUGGUGACUAGUGCCAGCCUGAUGUCACCCCAGCCACUGUCACACUUCGUGCCUGACCCAUGAGCCAGUUGCUCACCCAUCCCAUGAUGUUUUUAUCCAGCUCUGGGAUGGACAGUUUGUUCAGAAGGAUUCUGGAAGAGGCAGUAUCAAAACCUGUACUGAAAUUCAAAAAGAUUACAUCAACUGUCUUUCUGGGGUCAACCAGGUGGGUCACGUUGUCACAAAAGGUAUGCAAGCAGCGUUUUUACAAGGGUGUGUCCCCAUGCCCUGUCUUCUGCCACUGCAGGUGAGAGCCCCGGGGGUCCUGCUUUGAGCUGGCCCAGCUGCACCUGGAGCUGUACCUGGAGCUGCGCCUGGAGCUGUGCCUGGAGCUGUACCUGGAGCUGCGCCUGGAGCUGUACCUGGAGCUGCACCUGGAGCUGCACCUGGAGCUGCACCUGGAGCUGUACCUGGAGCUGCACCUGCUCCUCGGAGGCCUGAGGGAGGUGGAGGAAAUCGAUGUGGAAGGUGCUUGGGCAGCUGCUCCUCGGGGGAUCCCUGCUUGCUUAGUGCACCUUUCCAGUGAGUUAUAAAUGCAGCACCGGGGCGGCGGGGGCAGUUGUGCGGGGACAGCGAGCACAGAGCCAUGCUGGGGACCGUCCUGCUGCUGCUGCUGGCCCUGCUCAGGGCGGCGUGCCCCAGCCCGGCCAGCGGGGCCAGCCGGAGGGCUGAGGCGCUGAAGAAACUCCUGGAAGUCUUUGGCAUGGAAGACCCGCCGGCCCCCCCGACUCACUUCAAGCAGCCACCCCAGUACAUGGUGGAUCUAUUCAACACUGUCGCCAAUGCGGAUGGUGUCACCAAGAACCCUGACAUCCUGGAGGGCAACACCGUCCGCAGUUUCCUGGAUAAAACUCACAGCGAGGAGAUGCGGUUCCUGUUCGUCCUCUCCAGCGUGGCCAAGAACGAGAAGAUCCUGACGGCAGAGCUGCACCUCUUCCGCCUCUGGCCGAGGGUCACAGACGGGCCCAAAAGGCACCACUUCUGCCAGGUCAGUGUGUACCAGGUGCUGGAGAAGGACAAGCCAGACACCCCUGGAGGGAAGAAGCUGCUGGCAGCACGGCUUGUCUCACUGCAAACCUCGGGCUGGGAGGUUUUUGCCAUCACGCCAGCUGUUCGUGACUGGACCGAAGAUGAAAGCAGCAACCAGGGCUUGCUGGUGACGGUCCAGGGCCUGGGGGGGAGCCCGCUUGACCCCCCACCGCUGCAGUUUGCAUCUGGUCGGAGUCACCAUGAGAGCAAGAAGCCCAUGUUGGUCCUUUUCACGGACGAUGGGCGCCGCGGAGCGUCGCUGCCCACAGCCGGCUCCCCAGAUUUAAAGCCUCAGGCUCCCGAUCUCCCAGCCAAGAUGCCGGUGCCCAAGCUGGGCAGGACACGCAGCACACGCUCGCUGGACCGGCUCCAGCCCUGCCAGAGACAUCCCUUGUCUGUGGACUUCGAGGAGAUUGGCUGGUCUGGCUGGAUCAUCUCACCACGGGGGUACAACGCCUUCCACUGCAAAGGCUCCUGCCCCUUCCCUCUGGGCGAGAACAUGCGGCCCACAAACCACGCCACGGUGCAGUCCAUCAUCAACGCCCUGAAGCUGAGCGAGGGCGUCAGCAGCCCCUGCUGUGUGCCCGACAAGCUCUACUCCAUCAACCUCCUCUACUUUGACGAUGACGAGAACGUGGUCCUCAAGCAGUACGAUGACAUGGUGGCCGGGAGCUGCGGCUGCCACUGAGGCAGGAGGAGCAGGGGCUGGAAACACCACUGCAGUGGGGGCUGCAGCUGCUCCCUGCAGAGCAUCAGUGGGGUCUCUGUCCCACAAACCCUCUGAAAGAGACCGGGACGAGCAAAGCAAGGGGGUGCUGGGUUUGCCCAGGAUGGUGUCACCCCCUGACAGGGCCAGCCAAGGAAGGCUCAGGGCCAAGCUCUGAUUAAACCAACCUGAUUGAGCCCGUGUGAACCAGCAGCCCCAGGGCAGCAGCUCCAUUUUGGGGUGCCCUGUGUGGGGUCAUGGGUGUCUCUGCCCAUGCAGAGGCUCCUGCAGGCUGUACUAUAUGUAUAUAGCAAGAGCACUAAUAUAUGACAGAAGCUGCCUGUACAAUGUCCUGUAAAUGUCUGUACAUUCCUGCAUUGCUGUGACUUGUAAAAUUAUUCAGAACAACUAUUUAAAAGUGCCAUUCUCCAAA